AUGGCACCCACCAGAAUCGGCAUCAUCGGCCUUUCCUCAACCGCAACGACGGCCUGGGCAUCAAGCGCCCACCUCCCCUACCUCCUCUCCCCGCGCGGCCGCGCAAAGUACACAAUCACAGCCCUCUGCAACUCGAGCGUCGAAGCCGCCCAGCGCGCAGUGAAAGCCUACAACCUCCCCUCCUCCACAAAAGCCUACGGCAGCCCCGCCGAUCUUGCCGCCGACCCGGACGUGGACCUCGUCGUCGUCUCGACGCGCGUAGAUCAGCACUACGACACGGCUCUGUCUAGCGUUGAGGCCGGCAAGAGCGUGUAUGUAGAGUGGCCUCUCGCGCAGGACGCGAAGCGCGCGGGCGAGCUGGCGGAUGCGGCGAGGAGGAGCGGGGCGAGGACGGUGGUUGGGGUCCAGGGAAGGUUUGCGCCGUCGCUGUUGAAGGUGAAGGAGAUUUUGGAGGAGGGGAGGAUUGGAAAGGUGUUGAGUAGUGAGGUGAGGGCGGCGGGUGGUUCGCUGGAUCGGAAUGUUUUGCCGGUUGGGUUGAAGUAUUUCACUCAGCGCGAGAUUGGGGGGAAUGUGAUCACCAUUGGCUUCGGUCACUUGUUUGACCAGGUCCAGCACGUCCUCGGUGAGGCGACCAUCCAACACUCGCACACCCAAAUCCAACGCCCCGACGUCAAGAUCCGCAACCCGUCAACGCAGCAAAUCGUCGAGACGGUUGAAAGCAACGUACCCGAUCUACUCGUCGCGACAGCAACCCUCACACCCUCAAACCUCGUCUCCGCCCAAGGCGCCACGCUCCUCGCGCGGUUCCGACGGGGCCAGCCCUUCGCCGGCGAGCCGCAACUCUCGUGGACCAUCAACGGCGAAAAGGGCGAGAUUCGGCUCACGUCGCAUAACAGCGUCGCGCUGCAGGCGUUUGCGGACGUUGAUGGGGUCAAGAUUGAGGUCCACGACUUUGAGAGCGGCGAGGUGGAGAGUGUGCCGUGGGCGUGGGAGGAGGGGUGGCAGGCGGAGUUGCCUGUGCCGGCGAGGUGUGUUGGGGCGGUUUAUGAGGCUUUUGCGGAGGACGAGAGUUUGCCUAGUUUUGAGGAUGCUGUGAGGAGACAUGAGCAGGUUGAUGGGAUUCUUUAUAAAUCGGGUUGA